UCCCCGCCUCCUCCUCCUUGACUGAACGCGACCAAUCCCGGCUGCCGGAGAACAAGUUUCAGCCAAUCAGGGGGCGAUUUCCAACGUUGGGCAAGAUGGCGGCGUUGUGAGCGGGUGAGCCGGCGGGUGGAAUGUAGCCGCGGGAAUCUUAUAUGGCGAGCAGGCGGCGGAAGGCGGCGGCGACAGCGGGCGCGGAGAGAAGCUCCUCUAAGAGUCCGGCGAGACGGAGCAGCAGGCGGCGGGGGGUCGGCCAUUAUCCCGCGAGUGCCCAAGAUGCCGAGAGUCCCUGCAUCCAAAGCGAAACGAAGGGGGAGCCCCCGGGGGAGCCCCCCCUUUCCCCUCGGCUUCCUGCAGAUCUUGUCUUGUCAGAAACUUGCUCAUAUAAGACCCCAAAGAGAAGACAGGCCAGGAGAACCUGCUUGCCAACAUUCAGUUCUCCUGUGAAUGAAAAUGAUGGACAGCAAGAGAUUUUCUGGGAUCCCCACUCUCCAAUUGCACAUCAGCUAGAGAAUGGACGAAGGAAGCAUACAGUACGGCAUGGAUGUACGGUUGAGAUUUCAGAAAUUGUUAAUCGGAUUGCUCCUCAGGAUAAUAAGCCAGCUUGUUAUGAAGGAAACCUUCUUGGGCUUUGGAUUGGUGAUGACGCAAUCCCUUGUACACCUGGAAUCACAAAAGUGCGCUCUAGGACCAAAGUGAAUGGUGCAAGAGGCCUCCAGUUAAAAAACAAAGAGGAGGAACUUAUGAAAUUGGCAAAACAAUUUGAUAAAAACCUGACUGAGGCAAUCCAGGAUCAAGAUACGUCAUGCCACAGUAUUGACCAUGUUGCACCCGAGACAGAAAUGUCUAUUGAAUGUGAAGACGAGGCACAGAGAGAAAAUCAGCGACAAUUCCUUGAAGAGCAUCUGCCAACUAAUGUUACCGUGCCUUGUGAAGUAAUUGAGGAGAGCAGUAGAAGACUUGGACACUGUGAAAACAGUAAUCAGGAGCCCAUAGAUCUUGAUGCUGAGGGAGCACUUAACGAACUGUUUGAUGGCCCGACCCAGGCUUGCAGCGACCCAUUGAGCCAGGGCCUUUCAAAUUGUUCUUCAAACUCUAGUUUCCUUCAAAACCAGAACAUUGUGAUGCAGGACGAAUGUGCUUCCGAUCAGGUCACAUCUGCUGCUGGAGCUGGGACUAGAGAUGCUCCUCAAGGGCAAAACUCUACAGCAGCUCUCACAGAAAGUGUGGCACUAUUUCCCGCCAAAAAAGCUGAGGUGCCUUCUGAACAAGCCGCUCCCAGUGUAGUCUCUUCUAAGGCUGAGCUGGCUGCCUCAAGUAAGCUUGAGAGAAUUGUAGGUGAUGACUUCGAUGACUGGGGAGAUGAUUCCUUCCUUAUGCAGAUUACUCAGAACCCUGAGCUGAUCAGCACUCCAGAAAAUGUUUUUCCUUGUUCUUCUGAUGACAGUGCUAAAAUGCGGGAAAGAACCAGGGACGCUGUCCAAGGCAGAGGGUUGAAUUCCUUUGAGAAUGUCCCAGCAUCCCUUACUUUACCAAAGCAAAGCAUUGGGAUAGACAAGAUGAAUGAUGUUCCUUUAGAAUUUGAGAAGUCAGUCUCAAAAAACAGCUCAAAUAAAAUUUCUGGCUAUAAUACAGUUUUAGUGCAACCUAAAAGUCAGAGCAUACAGCAGAACUUCACUCAACUUAAAUGCCCUGCCAAGACUAAUUCAUCUGAAAAAGGAGCUCUUCCUAUUGUGCUACAUCCUAAUCUCCCUAAAACUCAAACAGGAAAAUAUGGAAGUAACCUGGUCAAUAUUUACUGCCAGUUACCCACUAGUUCUGCUAGUAUAACAGUCCGUGGUCUGAAGAGCACAACAGAUGCAAUCAGCUCUGACCUUUUGAAGCCAAAGGAAGCACCAAAGAAAACGGUGUUUGUGUUUGACAACUGGAACGAGCCCAAGUUCCCAGAUGAAGUUUUAGACUUCUAUUGUGAAUCUGAUAAUCUUUGGGGCGUCAACUGCGAUGACGAUGACCUGCUGUAUCAAGUCUGUGAUGAUGUUGAAAAAAACACUCAGAGCCAACAGGCUGUGGAAAAGAAUGAGAAGGCAAAAUGGGUGGUAGAACCUCCUUCAGUGUUGGAGGCGGGUCCUUGCCCCACCGUCCCCGAUCAAGGACUUUCUCAUUGUCCACAGGCCCAAAAGACCCAUUUGGGCAGGAAAACGUUCUCUUUGGAUGCUCCUGCUGUAGUUGCAACAAUGCUGAAGAAGGAGCAUCCUCCACAUCCUGCUGUGAAGCAACCAUCGAAAAGUGAGAGCACGAGAAGUGUCCCGGAGAAAUGGUGCCGGUCUCAUUCGGUGCCUGAGGGAGACCUUUCUUCUCGAACAGGCUCACCCGUGCUCUCAAAUGGGCAUCCAAACGUCAACAAUGGAAAAUGGCAAAAUGGCCUUUGUCAUGAGGGCAAGGUAGAGAAGGGCAGCCUCAUUAAUCAGAUGAUAGCUGUGAAAUCGAACUAUGUAUUCAGAAAGACGGGUCAGUCUCGAGCUCUUGCUUUGGACCAUGAAAACAGAAGUUUGGGAACACUUUCUGGAACUCACUUGGGCUUGUUGGAAAGCAGGAAUACCUCCAAUGUCCCCCUUCAGACAACAGUCCAGACAAAUACGAAGCCACCUUUUAAAAGGCAUCUCUCGGAUUCCUUUGCACAGUUUGAAGCAG